GGUACCAUCUGGUAAAGUAGUCUCAAUCUAGAUAGAACCAUUAACCAUGAAACUGGUCGCAGUCACCAUCAUCGCUUGCAUCCUGCUCAUCGGAUUCUCCGAUCUAGCCUCGGGAUGUGCCUGUGAGUGCCAACCAUGUGGUCCUGGUGGAAAGGCCUGCAAGAACUGUCCAGAAAAGGCUCAACUUUGUCAGCAGCUCAUCGGCGACAUUCGCAAUCUCCAGCUGAAGAUCCGGAAGUGCGUCUGCGGAGAACCACAAUGGAUGAUUUAGAAACCAAUCACCAAAGAUCGUGAAACUUUCCCUUAAUAAAAUUGUUA